AUGGCCUCAGCUAUCCCCACCGAAGCUCCAACCGAUAUCCGCAUCCUCACUCUCAACUGCUGGGGGCUCAAAUACAUCGCCAAAUACCGCCAUGAACGCAUGUCAGAGAUCGGACGGCAGCUAGCCCUAGCGAGUCCACCACCCGAGAUUGUCGGCUUACAAGAAUGUUGGACACAGAAGGACUUUGAGAGCAUCCGCGACCAGACCCGACACAUCCUCCCAUACGGGAAAUUUUACUACGGCGGCAUAUUCGGCGCAGGAUUAGCAAUCCUAUCAAAAUGGCCAAUCGAAGAAAGCAGCAUGUUCGGCUACCCCCUAAACGGUCGCCCGACAGCCUUCUUCCGCGGAGACUGGUUCGUGGGCAAAGGUGUCGCCAGCGCACGCGUUCGAUUCGGCCCGGGCACCGCAGACGUCGCAGAGGUAUUCUGCACCCACCUACACGCCCCGUACGAGCGCGAACCAAACGACUCCUACCUCUGCCAUCGCACAGCGCAGGCAUGGGAGAUCUCCAAGCUAAUGCGCGGCGCGGCGGAGCGCGGCCAUCUCGUCAUCGGCCUGGGUGACUUCAACAUGCUGCCUUCAUCUUUUGCGCAUCGCCUCAUCACCGCCCAGAGCCCCGUUCGCGAUGCCUGGCGGGAAAUUCACCCAGACUCUUCACUCGCCGCGGCAAUUGAUCCCGUCGAGCAAGCACGGAAUCGACCUAUCCCUACCGCCGAGUUCAAUCUGACCGAGAACGGUGCCACUUGCGACGGGUCUUUCAAUACCUGGCGCUGGACUGAGGCUAUGCGCAAACGCCUCGAGAAGGGUGAGGAUAUCGUCAUCGACAACGAUACCCCCGACCCGCGUGGUAAACGUCUGGAUUAUAUCUUCAUCGGCGACGGCGGUUACCCGCCUGAAUUUCCACCGUCUACCUGGUCUGUCCAGUCUGUGCAGGUUUCCAUGACACAGCGACAUCCCACGCUUCGCUGUUCUCUGAGUGAUCAUUUCGCUGUUGAGGCUGUUAUCGUUCGCUCUCCUAGAUCGACAUACGCUCGCUCUGACUUGACAGACUCUGUCCCGACCGAUCCUAAUUCUCCCGCUUUGCAUAAAACCUCCUCAAAAGCUGUCUCCCCAAACGCCGCUUUAUCCCCAGAUACAUAUGACAACAUCAUUGACAUAAUCCAUACUUACGUGCUUCGUGAACGAUCCCAGCGCCGUUGGCGUUUAGCACAUUUCGUUGUGUCUAUUGUGGUCUCAAUCGGUUGUAUGGUUGGUGUGUGGUGGAUUGGCAGCCGCACGUACAUCGGAUUCAUCUUGGUCCUGGUCAGUACGCUCAAUUUCGGUGCUGGGAUAUUGGAUGGUCUAAUUGGUGGACUGUUCAUGUCCGGUGAGCUGCGUGCUUUGAAGGAGUUUGAGUGGGAGGUCAGCAAUGCCAGGAGCUUGGUUGUUGCUGCUGAGAGAAGUGGAAAUGCUGGAGCUGCUGGAACUGCUUCAGAGGAAAUGGAGAGUCAGAAGGAUCGUUGA